UUGACGUCACGUUUGCAAACAGGUCAUUUCAGGUACCGUUACGUUAGGUAGACAACCCGGUCCCUCCGAUAUUAGCUCACGCCGUUGUCGUUAAGGAUUAGUAACGUUUUAAGAUAACAACCCUCCCAUUCGUCUAGUGGAUCUUCGAAAUACAUUUCUCAGCCUUGUUUCGGACGUUCAACCUUGCCAAACACUAUAUAUACACAACAUGGCGGAAUCGAAACUUCUGCAUCGCCUCUCACAAGACUUCCUCGAGUGUCAGAUCUGCCUGCAGCCCUACCGCCAGCCCAAGGUACUGUCUUGUCUUCAUUUCUUCUGCCAGCAGUGUCUUGAAGAGCUUUUGACGAAACAAAAGCUCAAAACCGAGCUAGAUUGCCCCACCUGUCGCAGCAAGACUUUACUUCCGGGUGGCGUGGUCGCGAAACUGAAAGAUAAUUUCUUUGUGGAGAGCCUGAAGGACACGGUUGACGUCCACAAGAAGCUGACUAAUGAAGGAGAGAGUCUGGUCUGUGGGAGCUGUGAGACCAAGUCAGGGGCGGCGUCAUUCUGUACGGAAUGUGGUGAGCUUUUGUGUGACGAAUGUGUAGCAAUUCACCGUCGUCUAAAGGUCACUAGAGGUCACCAGGUGAUCGGCGUAGAGCAGCUCAAGGCCGAAUCCGAGUCCAACACCGUUAAGAUCAAUCCUCGUCCCCUGCCACCGUGUAGGAUCCACUCUCAGGAGACUCUGAAGUUGUUCUGCGUCGACUGUAGCGAGGCUAUUUGUCAGGUAUGCACCGUUCUGUCACACAAAGAUCACAAGUACGAGUAUUUCACCGACACAGCUGCGAAGGCAAAAGAAGACAUACGCGCUCUUCUUGCGAAAACAGAGAAGAAAAUGCUGGAUCUUAAGAAUGCUGAUCAACAGGCGAAAGCACAGAAGACCGAUCUCGAGAAAAAUGUCUCAGAAACUAGUGAAAAGAUCAAGAGGAAAGCAGAGAAAACUAGGAAGGAGUUAGUUGCCCUUGUCAAUCAACAAGAGACCGAGUUACUGAGUUAUGUAAACACAGUGAGCCAGACCAGGAGUAAGGAGUUCUCCACCGCUAUAGAAGAGAUAGAAACGACGACUGUGGCGUUAGAGAGCGCGGCAGAGUUCGGACGGAACAUCGUGGAACACGGGUCAGAGUUUGACAUCAUGGCGGUCAGUGGAGACGUGAACAGUAGACUUAAGAAACUGUUACAGAUAGAGCUUGCAGACAUCACAGAGAAGUUACCUGCGAAUGCCUACAUCACUUUUGAGGAGGACGAGACGUCAGACAUGGGAAAGCCUCGCUUGGGAGAAGUUAGGACAACGCAGCCGGAUUCAGGUUUCCGUACUGCCCGUUUCACGACCCUCGGUACCACCGGCCGUCUGGGCCCGACCAGCCUGGGGACCCACUACCGCGGACAGGACCACGAGGGGCUGGUGCAGCUGAAGGGCGGGAUUCAGUACUUCACUGUACCAGAUACAGGGAAGUACAGGGUAGAGGCGGCAGGUUCUGCCGCAGGUUGGGGUGAAGAAGACCCCAAGUCCGCCAGGGGGCGCGGUGCGUUAGUCAGGGGGACCUUUCAACUGCAGAAAGGUGAAGUGUUGAAGAUACUAGUUGGCCAAGACGGAAAGGAGAACAUGUCAAGCCAAGCCGUCGGUGGUGGAGGCGGGACCUUCAUUACCAAGACGGACAACACGCCGCUGAUCGUGGCGGGGGGUGCGGGGGGAGGGGAUAGGCUGCAUAGAAGGAACCCCAACAGUGACGGUACAACCGCGACAGCAGGGCAGUACAGCGCAGGUGGUGCUACUAACUUUGCAGGAGGUUCUGGCGGGAAAGGCGCUACACAAGGGGAUGCUGACUUCGUCGGUGGGGGAGGCGGGGGGCUCCUAACGGACGGCGCGAGCGGGAAAUCCAGCUUUGGGGGUGGGGGUGAGGGUGGGAAAGCUUUCUUGAACGGUGGAGUCGGUGGGAGGGGGGUGUACAACAAUGCAGAGGGCGGGUUUGGAGGAGGGGGAGGAAGUCAUGGUGCUGGAGGUGGGGGUGGAGGAGGGGGUGGGUACUCAGGAGGAGGAAGGGGUGGUGGUUAUGUAGGUGCCUGUGGGGGUGGAGGUGGUUCCUUUAACUCUGGAUCAGACACUAGUGGUGAAGGAGGGGCCAAUGAUGGGCCGGGAUAUGUUAUAGUUACUAAGGCGAUAUAG